AUGCCCGCGAAUGCCGACAAGACCUCCAGGCAAACCUCAGCUGGGAAGUCCUUUUUUGGGAGGAAACUGUACAAAGACAAGGGAACGGAUGAACGGUACGAUGGGUAUGGUGGUUCCUACGACAGUUUAGCCCCGCCAGGGAGCGCCGCCGGUUCUCGAUCGUCUCGUUAUUCAAAACGCUCGUCUAUACAGUCAGUUGAUAUGACACAAGAUUUCGAUCCAGCAAACGUUGCGCCCGCACCCGGUAUUACGUCUCUUCCCUUCGAAAGUCUUCCUUCGGAUACCAGAACACCCAUUCCCAUCGAUCACAUGGCCCGACCCGACUCGCGCCAUGAGAGCUCUACAAACUAUUUGAGCAAGUCCGGUUCCGAUUCCCAUGCAUUUCCGGGGUGGGCCUCAUCAUCUGCACCAAAUGGUUCAGCGACACACCCCUCCGGCCCCCGCCCUCCCCCGCAUGGUUCGAACUUGACAAUGACGAGCAGUACAUCUGGCGACCGUGGAGCUAGAUAUCAACAAUGGGGACGUCCGGGGAGCUCUGCUGCCAAUACUGGCAUGAGCCAUAACUCCUCGAUUGAUUCUUCUUCAAAUUCCCGGACCUCGCUUGACCAAGCUAGCUUAUAUUCCUCUCAUUCGUCUAAUACCCGCGGCUCCAACGCCUUCUAUACAUCUGAUGGAUCCGGCCGCACACUCACAACUUCGCAUUCAAGCGACCGCAAUGCGAUGCCUCCCAGUGGGAGUGCAGGCCGGCUAUCCAACGCUCAGUCUAACUGGCAAGCGGCGCAACCUAUCCCCGCAGCCGUGCCUCGUCCACCCGAUCAAUACCUUACCCGACCUCGAGAUGAUCGUAUCGUUGAUCAAUUAUUCCUUGAAUUGAUGAACAAGCGAGGUUGGCAAAAUCUUCCGGAGCAGGCCAAACGACAAAUGAUGUCGUAUCCGGCGUCGAAAAAGUGGACAUUGGUUCAUCAAGACCGGUUGACAGAGUUACAAGGAGAGCAGAAGAGAAGGCAAAACGCUCGUCAAACUCAUGGUCAUGACGGGCUGUCUGGUCUUUUGGAACGGGCAGAUGAAGAGGGUAGCCCGGAGUGGUAUGUGAAGAAGGUGAUGGAUGAUACCAUUACAUCCAAACAACUUGCUAGUUUGAGUGUCAGUUUGCGGACGCAGCCGAUCAGCUGGGUAAAAGCCUUUGUUGAGGCCCAAGGUCAAGUGGCCCUAACAAAUGUUCUUCAAAAGAUCAAUCGACGAAAAGCAUCUGGGCCGGUGCCCGCUCCCCCGACAGGUGACAAGGAUCUCGAUCGCGAAUACGAUAUCGCUAAAUGUUUGAAAUGUCUUAUGAACAACAAAUAUGGUGCCGAUGAUGCACUCGAGCACCAGGGUGUUCUUACAGCCCUAGUCAACUCUCUGGCAUCUCCUCGCCUUAAUACUCGGAAACUUGUUAGUGAAGUGCUGACUUUCCUGUCCCACUGGGCCGAGGGAGAAGGUCAUUUGAAAGUUCUUCAGGCCUUUGACAAGGUCAAGCACGACCAUAAUGAAACUGGCCGCUUCGACGCCUGGAUGCGAAUUGUCGAGGUUACCAUUGAUGGCCGUGGCAAGAUGGGCAGUUUAGUCGGUGCCAGUGAGGAGUACCGCAGUGGAGGUAUUGGCAUGGAGAAUCUUCUGAUGGAGUAUGCUGUGUCCACUAUGAUGCUCAUAAACAUGUUGGUGGAUGGAGCCGAAACCGACCUUCAAUUGCGAUGCCAUAUUCGAGCCCAAUUCACAUCAUGUGGAGUCAAGCGUCUCUUGACUAAGAUGGAAGGAUUCCAGUAUGACGCUAUCGACAAACAGAUUGAACGCUUCCGGGAAAAUGAGGCAAUCGACUAUGAGGAUCUGCUCCAGCGGGAGGGUAGUAGUAUUAAGGAUAGUGUUGAAGGCGAGGUGAAAGACAUGAGUGAUCCUCUUCAAAUUGCGGAUGCAAUUGCAACCAAGAUCAAUGGCACUCGGACUCAUGACUACUUCUUGUCAGCAAUGCAGCAUAUGCUUCUGAUCCGCGAGAAUGCCGGUGAAGAGGGGUUGCGCAUGUUUCAGCUGGUAGAUGCCAUGAUGAGCUAUGUUGCCAUGGACCGAAGGCUUCCAGACCUUGACCUACGUCAGGGCUUGAACUUCACGGUGCAAAGCCUUUUGGAUCGACUGCACACAGACGCCGAGGCAAGGCGAGUUUACGAUGAGUCCUUGGAGGCUCGUCAGAUUGCCGAGGCCGCUAUCGCUGAACGCGAUGAGAUGAAAUCUCAAGUGGAGCUUGGGGCUGAUGGCUUGGUUAAGAAACUGCAGAAGCAGAUUGAGGAGCAAGCUGGCAUCAUUGAGCUUCAAACUCGUCAAAACGAAUCUAUGAAGGCCGAGGUUGGGGAGGUCCAACGUCUGCGUGCUCAGGAGUUACAACGUAAUGAACUGGAGACUCGAGAGCUGUAUCUGAUGCUCCGGGAUGCUCAGGACAUCGCUGCUUCAAACGCCCGCAAGAACAACCAGUCAGGUGAAGGCGAUCCAUCGCAGAUGCCUGGAAUUAUGGAUCGAGAACGUCUUAUGGAGCGACUGGAGCGCCAGCUCGAGAGAACUAAGACUCAGUUCAAGCUGGAAGGUAAGGUUUGGGGUCAGCAUGGCCCAUCCGAUCGACUUCGUGAGUUGCGUGAGAAGAUGGACGACCAAGGCCAAGGCGAUUCGAGCGAGGAAUUCGCUGAACAAGCCCGUCGUACCUUGGACUCCGGUUCGUUGGGAUCCGCCUAUCGCAAGCGAAGUCAUGUGCCCGAUAUGGACCAGGGUCCUGACGGCACAGUGCCAACUAUUCUUGAAGAAGGUGACGAGAUGGCUCAUGAACAGCCUCGUAACAUGAUUGACUCUUACCGGCCGCGUAUGAACCCUGCGCAAGCAACUGGCCUAUUAGGCGAGCUAGCCCUCAAAGUCCCCAAGUACGACGAAGGCUCAGAGUCAACAGGCACUGCGGACGAGGCUACUGCCGGAGAUAUUACUCCCACAGAAGCCCCGAAGCCCGAACCAAAGGCAGAGGCAGACCAAAAAGCAAUGCCUCCGCCGCCCCCUCCACCUCCCCCGGGUGGUGCGACUGCUAUCGUUCCACCACCACCACCUCCUCCUCCUCCUCCACCUCCAGGAGGCAGCUCCAUCCCCUUCCCACCACCUCCACCUCCCCCAGGAGGCAGUUCUAUCCCCUUACCACCACCGCCCCCUCCCCCAGGUGGUGCAAAGGGUAUUCCUGGUCCUCCUCCACCCCCUCCUCCACCCGGCGGAGCCAGGCCCGGGGGUCUCCGUCUCCCCCCUCCGCCUCCGCCCCCAGGGGGUUCCAUUGGUGCUCCGCCCCCUCCUCCGCCUCCGGGCCCUGGUGGCUUUGCACCUCCGCCCCCGCCUCCACCCAACGCUCCAUUGGGUUCUGGCUGGCGACCCAAGUACAUGGCUGGCGAGGCUGGCCCGACUACUACCCACAUGCCCUUUAUUCGCCCCAAGAAGAAGCUCAAGGCUUUGCACUGGGAUAAAGUGGAUACUCCUCAAGUAACAGUUUGGGCAGGCCAUGCCCCAACCGCGGAAGAGAAAGAAGAAAAAUAUACCGAUCUUGCCAAGAGAGGUGUACUUGACGAGGUUGAGCGACUUUUCAUGGCCAAGGAGACCAAGAUAUUUGGGGCUAGCACUGCAACCAAGCAGCGCAAGGACAAGAAACAGGUCAUUUCCAACGACUUAUCCAAGAACUUCCAAAUCGCCCUUUCGAAGUUUUCUCAGUAUCCUCCAGAUGAUGUGGUUCGCAUGAUCAUCCACUGUGACCGAGACAUGUUGGACAAUAUGGUGGUUAUGGACUUCUUGCAAAGAGACGAGAUGUGUACGAUUCCGGAGAACGUUUCAAAGUUGAUGGCACCAUACAGUCGGGAUUGGACUGUCCCAGGUGCAACCAGUUCCGAACGUGAACAAGAUCCGAUCGAGCUCACCCGCGAAGACCAAAUUUAUCUGGCUACCGCUUAUGAGCUAAAUCACUACUGGAAGGCCAGAAUGCGAGCUCUUUCAUUGACGCGCUCCUUUGAGCAUGAAUAUGAAGAAAUAUCCUCCAAACUACAACAGGUUGUCACCGUCAGCGAAUCUCUGCGAGAUUCUGUUGCUUUAAUGAAUGUUCUCGGUCUUAUUUUGGACAUUGGAAACUUCAUGAACGAUGCCAAUAAGCAAGCACAGGGUUUCAAGCUCAGUUCGCUUGCUCGCCUUGGUAUGGUCAAGGAUGACAAGAAUGAGACCACUUUCGCCGACUUGGUGGAGCGUAUUGUGCGCAAUCAGUACCCCGAAUGGGAGAGCUUCUUUGAGGAGAUUAAUGGUGUCGUCGGCCUCCAGAAAAUUAACGUGGACCAACUAUGCACCGAUGCCAAGAAGUACAUCAGCAACGUCAAGAAUGUCCAGUCUAGCUUGGACGCGGGUAACUUGAGCGACCCCAAGAAGUUCCACCCCCAGGACCGUGUCAGUCAGAUUGUUCAACGGAGCAUGAAGGACGCACGCCGCAAGGCUGAGCAGCUGCAGCUAUACCUCGAUGAAAUGUCCAAUUCUUAUGAUGAUAUCAUGGUCUUCUACGGCGAAGACAAUGGCGAUGAAAACGCCCGACGAGACUUCUUCGCAAAGCUGGCUUCCUUCUUGCUUGAGUGGAAGAAAUCACGAGAGAAGAAUAUUGGACUUGAGGAGGCUAGGAAGCGUACUGAAGCAUCUCUCGCUCGCAAGCGGGUCAAUGUCAACCUUGCCAACGGCACUCCUGCGGUUGAGCAGCCAAAUUCGCCCGCUACAAGUGGUGCUAUGGACUCCUUGUUGGAGAAAUUACGUGCCGCCGCCCCUCAAACGAAGGAUGUGCGCGAUCGCCGUCGUCGUGCUCGCCUAAAGGAACGUCAUCAAGUUCGCGUGGCCUCUGGAUCAAAGCCGCCUGAUGAGGAUGGCGAUUCCCCCCUUCCCGAGGAAGGAGAAGAGAAAUCCAAAGAGGCACAAGUAUCUGAAGGCGAAGACGUUGCCGACCGCGCAGCUAGCAUGCUCAUGGGGUUGAGAAGCAACUCUGAUGCGGGUGCUGAGCGCCAACGGCGACGAAGAGAAAGUGCUGAAGAUGAGCGUCGUAACCGUCGUAAUGCACGACGACGCCAGGGUGCUACGACCGGCAGUAAAGAUAGUGCCGAUGGUGGCCUUCCAACAGUUCAAGAGCCUGCUUCUCCCUCACAAACCGGCUCUAUAGGUGCAGAGGAUGGUGCAUUACCAAGCCCUCCAUCGGAGUAUUUUCCAUCGACAGAACCUCCCUCUAUCGUUGUCUCAGAGCAGCAUGAGUCCUCAUCACAAGAACCUACGGACGGUUCCUCUGCCAACCAUCCGAUUGAAUUGUCAGAUUGA